GAUGAAUGGAUGAUUCAGAGGAUGAAGAUUUGGGUGAGAGAAGGAUUCUGUGAUGGAGAAAGCUUGAAGAGAGUUUGAGGAGUGUUUGGGUGCCAGAGUGGUUGGACAGCUCUCUAUCUCCCAGCAGGGGGGAGUACGCGACCUGCAGGACACUCACCAUCUGCACACCAACCACACAACCACAACCACAACAAUAACAACCAGCUGGACAAGAUGACUCAACCGACUUAUCGACAACAUACCGGAUCAGCAUACGAGCCGUCAGGCAAGAAAGAGCUCCACCAACCGUUCAGAUUAGGGGACGCAUGGGAGCGUCUGAUGGUUGCAAAAAACACGGCUCGCGUUCAUGUCCUCAUCCCGCUCGAAGCGAUCCUCAAGGAUGCGUUUAAGAAUUACCCCACUACUACCUCAUAUAUGAUGGUACUAGCGGGGAUGAGUGUGAUUCCGAUCAUCGCGUUCAUCGGCUUCAGCUUAUGCGUGAGUUCGAUCUUAGUGGGGAUCGGGAUAACGUUUGUGUUGACAUGGGGAAGUGUGAUCAUUGGCUGUGCCUUCUUCGCCUUGAUGAUCUCCUUGGCUUUCUUGGUCGCCGCUGCGUUCUGGGUUGUCGUCGGAUUGUUCAUGACGAUCUUCGUGCUUCGCUUGAUGUACAAUGUGCAGACCUCCUUUGUCCAUAAAGUCAAGCAUAGUCAAGUGAUCAAAGAGUUGGUCAAUCAUGCCAAUGAGAAACGUCUCCAUCAUCACCAGCAGAACGAUAUGGCCGAAGACGUCAAAUCUUCUUGAAUCAAUCAACCACCUUCCCUUCCCUCAAACAAACAAAACCCAUCUUUUUCUUAAAUACCUUCUUUAUCAUAUUGUCCUACACCAAAUAUCCCCAAAAUGAUAGCAUUUGUGGUAUUCUUUUUUUCAAUGUUUUGUGUUGUCGUUGUUUGUUUCACUUGUUUGUGCGUGUGUGCAUGAUAUCCAAUCGAUAAUUGGUCUUCUUUUUCUCACUACAUACUCAAGAUGGUCGUGCAUUAUAUUAUCCUUAUGUUCUCUUUAUAACUUUUCUUAUUCUUUUUAGAUAGCUUUAUAUCUUGAUAUCACUGGGGUUUUUCUAUACAUAGCCCAACUAUUAUCCUUGUGUAUCUUACAAUCUAUGUAACUUCUCCCUCUUUUGUUCACAGAAGA